CAUGGCAAUAUAUGCUGGAGGGAGAGACACACAACUUGUGAGUCUGUUGUCUUCUGAUUAUGGUCUAAGAAGUAUAUACUCACAAGACUGGUGGAACAUAAGAAGCUUGAGAAGAAAUUGAACCAAACUUUGUGCUAAUUGGAAUCAAAUAAGUGGCAUUUGUCACCUCUUCCUCCAGAAAUGAACUGACAUUUUUUUAUUUAACCUUUAUUUAAAAACCUUUAUUUAAAAAGGAAAAGACUGUUGAGUUUAGAAACACCAUUUUGCAAGGGGGACCUGGCAUCAAGAGCCUAUUGAUCAAAAUGAAGAUAACCAUGCCGGAAAUACGCAAUGGGACUACAUAUUCACAACCAAGUAUUUUUCUGUGCACUAUUAUAUGUUGCUGGAUCCUUGUAAAUCCAUUAAGGGGCUAUUCAUUGAAAAAAUGCACAGUCCGUGAAUCUCUCAAUGAUACCAACAUGAAAGUAAUCUGUGGAAAGAAGAACCUCCAAACCAUACCAGAAGACAUUCCAAGAAAAGUAAGAUCUUUAGACCUUUCCAUCAACAACAUUGUGAUGAUCAAAACAUUUGAUUUCAAAGAUCUCUCAGCCCUCAAAUCUUUAAACACUUCCUGCAACCGGAUCUCUCAUGUGGACGAUGGGGCUUUUUCAGACCUAGUCGUUCUUCAGGAGCUGAAUCUAGCCAAUAACAGACUCAACACCCUCUCAGACCACCUGUUUCAGGGCCUAGGCAACCUCUCCAUGCUUCGACUAGACUACAACCACAUCAAAAUCAUUUCAUCCUCUACCUUUCAGAAUCUCUCCAGCUUAAAUGUAUUAAACUUAACCGGCAACCAACUUAAUGUUCUAAAGAAGGUUCAGACAAUCUUGCUAUUCACACACCUGCAGGAGUUGUACAUUGCAAGCAACGGAUUGACCUUUUUCCAGUCACAGGACAUAUCAAAUAAGUCCAUAGGACUGAGAGUGCUGGAUUUAUCCUAG